AAUGCCCCCUCCUCAAGCAUCAGAUGCUCUACCUAAGAAACCACUGCAAAAGUCCUCCAUCCUUCCAAAAGAGGGUGCUCUGACCAAACCGCCUCUAAAACAAACCAACGGGCCAGCAAAGGCUUCAGAAAUGCAGGGAGGAAUGCCGACAGCCUCUGGAAAUCAGGAAAAUGUCAAUUCUGAAAAUCCUGGCAACGGACGCCCCACCCGUUCAAAUCGUGGCACUUGGAUUCUCAAGAUGGAGAAGUUUUCAGAAGUCAUUGGCCAUGACUUAGACAAGAUUAAUCGAAAGCAAGCUGGUACUUUUUUGGAGGAACCCCAAGACACCAUGCUGGGAAUACCAGAGAAUCCUAUGGCUCCACCUGUGGCAAAGCGCCGCAAAGGUGCUAAGAAGGAUGCAUUGAAGAGCAUCAUUCCAGCAGAUCCUCCACUGCAGAAGACUGCUCCGAAGCCUAUCCAGAGCCGGCCACCCUCUGGCAUUCAUCCACGCCCACAAGACCUCAGUCCCAACCGUCCAAACAAUGCCCAAGUCCGGCAAGACCUUGCAGUUAUGAAGCCUCCAGUUGUUCGCACAUAUGGCCGCCUGGCAAAUACUUCACCUGGGCUCACAAAUGCGACGGAAAAGUCAGCCAGCAAUUCAGCACUCCAGCCACGCCAAGCUGCACCAACCUAUGGCGCCUUCACAGUUCGUCCUCAGGAGAACAAAAACGUUCAACCAACAUCCUUGCAACAAGCUCAUCACCUGGAUGAAAGGAUGGACCAGGACAAUGCAAGGGAUUAUUGUCAAAACUCUGUUACACCAAAAGCUCCGCGUCUUUUUUUACCAGAUGACAUGCAACCUCCUCGGUCUCCAGCUCAAGGAAAUAAAGGACGUCAAAAUCAAGCUCAGUAUGAUGAAGAUAGGGCCUAUGAACCAGAUGGCGAGGAAGAAGGCAGCGACAGUGGCGAUGGAGACAUGGAGCAUGAGGAAGGAUCUCAGCAGGUCGAUGACUUCUAUCAAGCUUCAGACUACAAUUGUCGAAGCCCACGCCGGGCCAACUUCGAUAGAGCUGUUGCUCGACCGCAGAGCAAGGCCAAGACGUUGCCAUGGAUGGACCGCAAGUUGAAGGCAUCUCUUCCAUCUCUUUUUGCACUGGGUGAUACACUUCUGAUCGUUCCAUUAGAUAUUGAUGAAAACUCACCAUCCGAAGAUGAGCGGAAUGCUCUUGCUGCAAUCCAACAAAGGCAAAGUGAAGCCCCUGAUGAUGUGGUGGACUUGGACAUUUUGGAACAACACCAUAAGAAGAACCGCCCAAACCAUGCACCGCCACCUGCACGCCUCGAAGCUGCAGCUGAACACCAACAGCGAGUCCAGGACAUUGCCCAAGAAUUCCUAACUCAAGGUGAGCAUGAGGAAUCCUCUGAUGAGGAGGAGGAGGAUCUAUCCUGCUUGGAGGAAGACCCCCACAUUCGCACCCCUCGUAACUCUCGCUUUGAUGGGGAAAUCAAGCCGACGACCCUUGGAUACUAUCAUGGGACUUUCAAGGACAUGAUUGAACAGGUGAAGAAGGAAUUUCGAGGCUACGUCAUGCUGCACAAUGGAUUCCCAGAGCGCAGCAAACACCUCCAUGAAGCGGGCCAGCUUGAGUUCUUCCUAUCUUCCAUUGGUGAUGAUGAUUUUGGAACAGACGAUAUUCAAACGUGCAAUACAAACAUCGUGGUGUUCAAGGAAGCCUCAACUUACCGUGGCAAGAUGAAGACGUUGGCUCGCCAUCUUGUACCCCAAUUCUACAAGAAGGAACUGGACCCUGAUUUCUCAGGUGGAAAUCAGCUCGAACAGCAAGCUAUGGUUGCCGCAAAUGUCACUGAGCUACUUGGAGAGGAGAGCCCAUAUCUCCUGAAUGGAAAGGAUGAGCAGGGAAAAUUUAACAACAUCGCACAUCCGUGCAUUCGUGAACUUUGCAUCCAGCACUUUUAUGGAAACGGCCAAGAUUCAAUUGCAAAAACCUUUGAAGACCACUUCAAAGAUUCCAUACCUGAGCAUGCCAUCGCCAUCGUCAUGGCCUGGAUAUACAGUGCCUUGGAAGAAUAUGAGCUGGGCUACCUCUGGAAGCGCCCCUUCAAAGGUGCUCGUUACAAGGAAAUCUAUGAAACUUCCCUGGGUCUUAUAGAGGAGGUCAAAGGCAAGCCAUACCACAAGGCUAAGUGGGAUGAUAGCCGCCGCUGUUGGGCUUGGGAUGGAAGGAAGCUUCUCAAUCCAGCUACGGAGAGGAGGAGGGCCAAAAUGAAGGUCCACGUCGAUUG